GACAGCGCAGCGCAGGACCAGAACGCGAAUGUCGCCACACGACGCGGCACGGCGGCCGCGGUGGCCGAGCCUCGCUUUCGCGCUGCUGGCGCGGCGUAGCUGUUGGGCGCGCGGUUGCAGCCAGCUUUGCGGGUGCCUUCCUUCCGAUGUCCGCCGCUCGUAUUGGAGCGCGUCUGUGAAAUCCGGAGACCAUUGACUGCGACCGUUCUGUGUGUUCUCGUCGCGAUCGACUUGACUGUCUGGAAGUGUAGGUGCGCGCUAGCGGGAUCUGCCUGAGGAUACACUGACAUCGUUCGACGCAUGACUCCGUGAACGCCAGCCAGUCUGCCCGCCGACCGGCCAUGUCGGACGAAGAACCGAGCCGUCCGCUGAUGGCUCCACGCAAGGUGUGCGUGCGGGGACCGACUGUGCGGCGACGGCGCUGCGGUGCCGCCCUGUGGCUCCUGCUGGCCUGCGCCGCGCUCGGUGCCGUGGCGCUGGUGCUGCGCCACCACCGGCAACGCCGGCGGGCAGCGCGCUCCGACGGCUGCCGGCAGCUGCGCGUGCACGACGUGUGGCACAACACGAUGCCAAUGCUGACCACGGAGUCGGCCUUCCGCCACUUGGACGUCAACGGGGACGGCACGCUCGACGUGGUCUUCGGCUUCGGAACCGGCCUGGAUGCGUACCGGUACCCGCGGGUGGCGUGCGACGUCUACCUGCCGGCGGCCGGCGGCCGGGGCUGCGGCGGAGGCCUGGCGGCGCUCGACGGCCGCUCGGGCCACGAGCUGUGGCGCCUCUACGUGGCCCACGAGUUGUUCGCGCUCAGUUGCCGGCUGGACCUGGACGCGGACGGCGUGUCGGACUGCGUCGCCGGGGGUCGCAUGGCGGGUCUGUACGCGGUAAGCGGACGCACGGGCGGUGUGCUCUGGGCGCUGUCGGGAGCGGACGAGGCCGUGGUCGAGCGUUCCAACAUGUACACGGCGCAGCACAUGCGCGACGUAGACGCCGACGGCACGCCCGACCUGUUGGUCGCCCACGGAGGAGACCCGCUGCGCGAGCCGGGCGCGCCUUCGGUCCGGCUGGCGGGCCGCCUGCUCGUCGUCAGCGGGCGCUCCGGCAGGCUGCUCAGCUGGGCAAUGGUGCCAGAUGGACGAGAGACGUACUACUCGCCGCAGUUGAUGCUCUACCCGGACGGCACCGAGCUGGUGCUGUUCGGCACAGGCGGCGAGACGCACGGGGGCUCGCUGUGGAGCCUGCCGUUGCGCGAGCUGCUCGCCGGCCGUGCCCACGCGGCACGUGCAAUCUACACGGACCCUAGCAAGGGUAUCAUGACCCCGCCGGCGCUGGUCGACAUUAACGACGACGGCGUGGCGGACCUCGUCAUGGCCGCCUUCAACUCGACCGCGUUCGCGCUGGACGGCCUGAGCUUUACGCGGCUCUGGUCACGCCACUUUGCCCAGUCCGAGUCGUACAGCACACCGGCCGUGGGUUUCUUUGACGGCGACGGGACGCCCGACGUGAUGGUCAGCUACCAGACGGGGCCGGGUUUCCCGCUGUACGUGGCCAGCCAGACGACCGUGCUGGACGGCCGCACGGGUCGGCCCCUGCUUCCGCGCCCCGUGCGCUCGGCGCUUGGAGCACAGGCGUCGCCGCUGGCCGUCAGCAUGCCCGGCAUGGGCCGCGACCUGUUCCUCUAUUGGCUCUCGGACUGCUACCGCGGCCCGGCCGCCGACCACGAUGACCGAGAGUUCGCGCUGGCCGCUGGCACCAGCGUGUACCUGCGCAGUCGCGCCGACUUCUGCCGGCUACGCUUCGGAUCGCGCCUCUACACACGGCUGUAUGCCCUGUGGUCCGACGCCGGGCCCCCUGGUGCGCUCGUCUACGACUCCGACGGCAAGCGGCCCCUCGAGUACGGCGGCCUGCCAAACUUCACGGCCAUCGGAGCUCGCUUCCUGGAGCAGCACUCGGAGUACCGGCGCAUCCGUCGCCACGUGGGGCCGCACGACGCGGGCGGGGUGCAGCGCACCAUCUCGACCGGAACCCUGCUGCCGGGAUCGGGGCCGCGCAGCGUCGACCUGGUGUUCGCCACCUUCUGGUUUUGGCCGACGCGCGUGCGCGCCAUGUCGGCGGAGGAGCGGCGCUGCCUGGAGCGGAUGCGGGCGCACGAGGCGGCCCGCUUUCAAGCGGACAGCCCGCUUUACGGGCUCGACCACGACGCCUUCGAGCAGCUGGCCGUGGCCGAGUGUGGCCAGGGUGACGAGGACAACCAGCUGGCCUACGACCCGUUCGACCGGCGCAUGGGCCAGAUGACCGUGUACCGCGUGCGCCUGCAGUGCGUCUGUGACCGAUGCGCCGGCCCGCUGCCUUUCCGGCACCAGAGGUGGCCUGCGUACAUGGGAGCAGGCGCUGACUGCUAUGCCAGGACGCCCUGAGACGCGCCCGUCCGGAACAGAGAGUCUUAGGUUAUCGUGAUACUCGAAGGGUUGAAUGCCCUCAAUUGACAAAGGACAACCUUCACACAAGUGCAAGCGUAAUCAGUAUUCGCUAUUUUGUGAGUAGGCGCGUGCUACACGACAUUCUGCAAAGCGCAAAAAUACACUUACCAUAAAGAGAGAAGUUUAAGCCGUAUGCUUGAACUUUAAUAAAAAUAACAAGAUAGAGAGAGAGAGAAAAGACCAAGUACAGAACCAACAUGUCGACAGAAUGAGUUGCACUUGUCGAGGCAGGACUCAUAAAUAUAUUUUUGAAAUUUGUCA